UUCAGAAAAUUCUAGUUUUGAGAUUUUCAGAAGUACGGCAUGAUGAUGCAUAACAAGGACUUUCUCGAAAGUACUAUAUUGCUCCUCUACAUCAUUUUAAAUACCCCAUGUGUCCUUUGAAGACACAUCACAGAAAGAAGUGAAGGCAUCGUUAGCAGUUUUGUAGAUUCAACCUCAAUUUGCAGAGUUACGUUCUAAUAUAUUUACACAAGACUGAUAAGAGAAAAUGUCUCUGAUUCCAAGUUUCUUCGGUGGCCGAAGGAGCAGUGUUUUCGACCCUUUCUCCCUCGAUGUGUGGGACCCCUUCAAGGAUUUUCCAUUUCCCAGUUCUCUUUCUGCUGAAAAUUCAGCGUUUGUGAGCACACGAGUGGAUUGGAAGGAGACACCAGAAGCACACGUGUUCAAGGCUGAUAUUCCAGGGCUGAAGAAGGAGGAAGUGAAGCUGGAGAUUCAAGAUGGCAGAGUUCUUCAGAUAAGCGGAGAGAGGAAUGUUGAAAAAGAAGACAAGAAUGAUACGUGGCAUCGCGUGGAGCGAAGCAGUGGCAAGUUCGUGAGGAGGUUUAGAUUGCCGGAGAAUGCUAAAGUGGACCAAGUGAAGGCUUCCAUGGAAAAUGGGGUUCUCACUGUAACUGUUCCUAAGGAAGAGAUUAAGAAGCCUGAUGUUAAGGCCAUAGACAUCUCUGGUUAAUCUAUGUUGCUCUGUUCCUUCGUUGAAAUGUGUUUAUGUUUUCUUAUUCUGAGGAUCAUUUGUGUGAGUCGUGUGAAAAAUAUGUCAGGUUUUAUGUUGGCUAAGAGGCCUAAUGUUUGGGCCCUAGAAAUCUCUGGUUAAACUGUGUAAAGAUCUGUUACUUGGUUUAAAGUUUGUGUGUUUUGUUCACUUCCAAGGAAUUUAUGUGUGCAAGAAAGAUGUAAUUGAAAAAUUUAGCAAUAGACUAAUGGUUUUAUAUA